GGGUGUGUCUAAAAGGAAGGGCGUGAAGAAAAAGAAUGUCACAUUUUUCUAAAUGCUAAGUAAAAGGAAGUAGUGUCUUUACAGACAAAUAAAUAAACAUGUACAGUAUAGAUAAAGUUGCAUUAGUGCUAAAUAGUGAAUGUCAGUUAACAGACAUUUAGCAAAGGCGGAACCAUAUUGUUUUAGUGCAGCAAAAACCGGCUUACAGUUUAAGAGGACGAUCGCAGUAUUAAACUGUUCUUUAGACAGGAUUUCACUGUUAGUCUCAGCAUGCCCAACAUCAAGGCAUAUUUAGCGCGUAAUUAUUGACGUAUUUAAUUGCGUUUUAUUUAGAAUCACAUACAUUAAAACUAAAUCGUCUAUGCAUUUAUUAAACAUUUACACUUCUAAAGUCAACCUAGCGUACUUUCAGUUUCGGUGGCACCUCCAUGCAGCGCAGUUGUUUCUACGACUCGUGAGCUCAUCAGAUCGGAGUCCAGCCCAAUCACGCGGCGGUAUAAAACACACAGGACUGUACUCCACUCACUCGGUCGAUGUUCUGCUACGCUGCGGGACUGCAGAGGACGGAUACAGUUAACCUAUUCAUGUAAAGUCAUUUCAGCUGGAAGUGGAAGGAGACUCGGAUCUCAGCGUUUUAUUAUUGUACUGGUUUACCUUGGAGCUGUGGCAGAUGAAAACAAACUGACUCAUUCUGCAUAAUGAUUAAGCGUGAAUGUGCAAUUCUGUCUAAGGACGUCUUAAAUUACUCUCUCCAGAAAUGUUUGAUGAGAUUACAGGCAAGCAGAAUGUAUCUUCAGCCAUGUGCUCUUUAUUGUGUAUCUACAAAUAAAAGCCAAACCCUAAGGUGGGGGAAAUGUAGCCACUCAAAACGCCCCAUCUCUUCCUAGGUCUGAUGACAGAUGUGUUUAUGAGGGAGAGCUGGAUAUUUGAUAUGAGGACAGAUUUACUCCACUAUUCCAUGCGUUUUACUUCAUUACUUCUGUAUCUGCUGAUCAUGUUGACAAGACAGAUCAAGUGUCACUCAGAAUGCAGCAAAGAGAGCGUGGAGAUAGUGAAAAGGAUCACAAGGGAGCUGAGCCAAGUGAAAAAUGAUAGCAUGCUGUACACUCCAACUCUAGCAGAUUAUGAGCAGAACUGCUCCAAGUCCACGCUUAAGUGCUUUGAAUUGGAAGUGAACGUUUUGUUUGUUGAAAUCCAGAGUGCGGCUAAAUCUCAGUCUAGGCGCCUAUUAAGGAUCCUCAAGACGCUGACACAUCAGUUGCAGGACAAAAGGAAUCCAUGUCCAGACUGUGAGUUCUAUCAAGAAAAAAGUUCCAGAACUUUUUUGGAAACCUUAGAAAAUGUUUUACAACGGAUGAAUGCUGAAAAAAGCUGUGGUCCAAAGAAGAAUAAGAGACAUUUAGAGAACAUUAUGAAAAAAACGCACAUUAAAAACAUGAUCUGAAGGAGCAGAUUCCUGUGGAUUCCUGAAGCAGUUCUGGAGAAGUUUCUGAAUGUCAAAACAGACACCAUAUACUAAGCUACAGUACCUACAGUACGUAUCCAUCUGUACAUGAACAUGAAAAUAUAUAUUUUCUUAAAUAAAUGACUUAUGGAAUAUUUGUUACAAUAGUAUGUUUUGACAACAAACUAAACCCAUGCCAUGACCACUUUUUGUUGACCAUUACCUUUCCUAUAAAUUAUAGCUGUGUAGCUAAUAAUACAAGUAUAAUACAAGAAUUGCUGUAGCAUAUUCUUCUGCAUAGAAUAAUUAGUUAUCUUGAUUAUAAUACUGUAAUAUAUCUAAAGUGAAGAUUUAACUAGUCAAAGGAACCAAAGUCAUGAGCCUGGGCCAAAAAAUUAAUUAAAAAAUCUGAAGACAAGUUCAUUGAACCAAUGUUUGAGUUAUUAAAGUUAUUAAAUUGACAAUAAUAAGUGUUACACAUUAUUGGCUAUUUAAAGGGAUACCUCAUCCCAAAAUGAAAAUUUUGUCAUUAAUCACUUACUCCCAUGUCGUUCCAAACCCGUAAAAGCUUUGUUCAUCUUCGGAACAUAAUUUAAGAUUUUUUGGCCUGUGACUGUCCCGUAGACU